CUAUACCGCUACACGUGCAGCAAAAGUUGUUUUGAUUCGGAAUGGAUGUUUUCAAUAAUCGUCCCGGUUUCUGUCCGACUUGUGGCUCAAUUCUGCCGCCUUUACAAGUUAAAGGCAAUGUGUUCUGCCACAACUGCAAACAGGAGUUUCAGCCAGAUGUUUACAGUGGGGAGAAAUCCGAAUACACCAUACAUUUUAAUACCUACGAUCCUAGUAAGUUGACGAAGAAAGGAAAACGUGAGGACGAAGAAGAGGAAGCUGAUGGUCCAAUUGUGGAACGCAAAUGUCCCAAGUGCGGCAAUGAUAAGAUGUCUUAUGCCACAUUACAGUUGCGCUCGGCAGAUGAAGGACAAACUGUGUUCUUCACUUGCCUCAAAUGCAAAUUCAAGGAGUCGGAGAAUUCCUAAAUGCAUUCUAGCUAUUAGUUAACUACAUGUGUAAAUAAUACAUAGUCUUACAAUUAAUUGAAAUAACUAUGACCGACGGCCUGCAAAUAAAAUAUAUAAAAGUAAACAGA